AUGCCCCGCUCACGGCAACCACUUCGCUUCUCGAGCGAAGUUCCCUCCGAGUCCUCGUCAUCCACCUCUCCCGACCGCACCGUCGAUGAUGAUACCGACUUCUUCAUGGCCCAGGCCAACGAUUCGCAGUCUUCCGUCGGGGUGGGGAACUUCCGCGAGCCUCGCGAGCAGAAUCCAAGAAACACAGUAAUUCCGCCGAUCGGACGUCUACCGCCGGAGCUCCUUAUCUCGAUCUUCGCGAAGCUCAGUUCAACUGCGGAUCUGCUGAGUUGCAUGCUGGUAUGCCGAGGGUGGGCUGCCAACUGCGUCGGGAUACUGUGGCAUCGGCCGUCGUGCAAUAACUGGGAUAACUUGAAGAGCGUAACGGCGUCCGUGGGAAAGCCGGAUAGUCUUUUCGCAUACUCGGAGCUCAUCAAACGACUCAAUCUUUCCGCGUUGACGGAAGAUGUCAGCGACGGCACCGUCGUCCCCUUUGCUCAGUGCAAGCGUAUUGAGCGGUUGACCUUGACGAAUUGUUCGAAGCUCACGGACAAGGGUGUCUCGGACCUGGUGGAAGGCAACCGGCAUCUGCAGGCUCUGGAUGUCUCAGAUCUACGAUACCUUACGGACCAUACUCUAUAUACUGUUGCCAGGAACUGCCCUAGGCUUCAAGGACUCAACAUCACUGGGUGUAUCAAAGUGACCGACGACUCACUUGUCGUCAUCUCGCAGAACUGCCGACAGAUCAAAAGACUGAAACUUAACGGAGUCUUACAAGUAACGGAUCGGUCAAUCCUAUCCUUUGCCGAAAACUGUCCGGCUAUCCUUGAAAUCGACCUGCACGACUGCAAACUUGUCACAAACCCCUCGGUGACCUCGCUCAUGGCCACACUUCGGAACCUUCGUGAACUGCGGCUGGCCCACUGCGUCGAGAUCAGUGAUGCGGCAUUUCUAAAUCUUCCCGAGUCCCUCUCGUUUGAUAGUCUCCGCAUCCUGGACCUGACCGCAUGUGAGAACGUCAGAGAUGAUGCUGUCGAGCGCAUCGUCAGCGCUGCGCCUCGCUUGCGGAACCUGGUCUUGGCCAAGUGUAGGUUCAUUACGGACCGCGCGGUGCAGGCCAUCUGCAAGCUCGGAAAGAAUCUCCACUACGUUCAUCUGGGCCACUGCUCCAAUAUCACCGAUCCUGCGGUAAUACAGCUGGUGAAGUCUUGCAACCGGAUCAGAUACAUCGACUUGGCUUGCUGCAACCGUUUAACGGAUAACAGCGUUCAGCAGCUGGCGACUCUACCUAAACUUCGACGAAUCGGCUUGGUCAAGUGUCAGUUGAUUACAGAUCAAAGUAUUCUGGCUCUGGCACGGCCCAAGGUGUCCCCUGAUCCUCUCGGUACUAGUAGCUUGGAGCGAGUGCAUCUCAGUUACUGCGUCAACCUGUCAAUGCCGGGAAUACAUGCUCUGCUCAAUAAUUGCCCUCGGCUCACACAUCUCAGUCUCACUGGCGUACAGGCUUUCUUGGUUCCGGAAGUCACCCGCUUCUGCCGCGAAGCACCUCCGGAGUUUACCCAACAACAGCGAGAAGUGUUUUGUGUGUUUAGCGGUGAAGGCGUCAAUCGACUUCGGGACUACUUGAACCACAGUCCUGGCUCCACCCGCGAAAUGACGGAAGCUACCAUGUACGACGAUGACGAAGAGUUGGACGAGGACGAAGGUCAAGUGACUGGCCUGAUGCAUGCGACAGUCAUAAACGACGAAGACUACAUCGAUAUCGGACAUGCUCACGGUUGA